UUAGGCCACUGCUAUAAUUGGUCCUUAAACCGUCCUUAACCGUCUGCACUUUUCUUUAUCCUAACAAUUUUAGGACUUUUGAGAAAAUUGCUGUUUCAUCUUUCUCCACAUGUAGAUGUAGUUCUUCCAGUGGAUAAUAGUGGGACUGGCACGUGGCAAAAGAUCAUCCACUGCUGAGUGCUGACAGUUCUAUUGGUGUACCUCAGCUUACCAUCCUAAUACACCAACAGGCAACAGCCUCUUCUUUGAGAAUCCAUGGCUUCUGCUCUGCUUUCUCCAGCUGUAAGUGCACAUCCCAAGUCACUUUCAUUCUCUUCCAAUAAACCCAUCACCCAAAACCAGAUCCUGUCCUUCAUUCACCGUCCCAGAAGAAGCAAUAUAAAGUGCAAUGCAUCUUCAGAGAGUAUAAUAGAAGGCUUGGCAGAUCAUGUUGUUUCUCUACCUGUAAUUGGUUCUGGUUUUGUGGAAAUACAGAAGAUUGCUGAUACAUUACCGGAAUCCGAGAAGUGGGGAAUCGCGGUUUUUGCUGCUUUAGCUUGGAUAUACCUGACCGCGAGGCCUGGAGUGCUUAUUGGAGCCAUUGAUGCAUACAUUCUAGCUCCUUUGCAACUUGGUCUUGAUAGCUUGACAGGCAGAAGGAGACUAAAGAGGUCUGAUUUUCUUAUUACUGGUAAAUUAGGUGAGGGUUCUUUUGGUGUCGUUUACUCCGGGGUGCUUGUGCCCAAGAAUGUCAAUCUGGAUCAAAGUGUGCCCAAGAAGAGCAUGGCUAAACUUCUUGAAACUGACAAAAGGUUCAAGGAGAAGGUUAUACUAAAGCAGGUAAAGCUUGGAGUUCAAGGGGCCAAAGAAUGUGGUGAUUUUGAAGAGUGGUUUAAUUACAGGCUAUCAAGAGCUGCUCCAGAGACCUGUGCUGAUUUUCUUGGAAGCUUUAUAGCAGACAAAACAAAUUCACAGUAUAUAAAAGGUGGAAAGUGUCUUGUUUGGAGAUUUGAGGGAGAUCAAGACCUUGCAGAUUACAUGAAAGAUCGUAGCUUUCCCAUUAAUUUAGAGUCAGUCAUGUUUGGUCGUGCAUUGGAAGGCCUAGACUCGCUUGAGCGUAAUGCAUUGAUCAUUAAGCAGAUAAUGAGACAGAUAAUUACAUCUUUGAAGAAAAUACAUGACACUGGCAUUGUCCAUCGGGAUGUAAAACCAGCAAACUUGGUAGUAACCAAGAAAGGGCAAAUUAAGCUUAUCGAUUUUGGAGCAGCAACUGAUCUUCGGAUAGGGAAGAACUACAUUCCAGAUCGUACCUUGUUGGACCCUGAUUACUGUCCUCCUGAAUUGUAUGUACUCCCAGAAGAAACUCCUAGGCCUCCCCCAGAACCAAUUGCUGCAUUGUUGUCUCCUAUUAUAUGGCAGGUGAAUAGCCCUGAUCUAUUUGACAUGUAUUCAGCUGGGAUAGUUCUUCUGCAAAUGGCUAUACCAUCUCUGAGGUCUACAGCAGGCUUAAAAAAUUUCAACACGGAAUUAAAGGGUCUAGGAUAUGAUUUAAACCGGUGGAGAGAGCGCACUCGAACUAGGCCUGAUACAAGAAUUCUAGAUCUGGACAAGGGAAGAGGGUGGGACCUUGCAACACGACUCAUCUCAGAGGGGGGUUCUCUUAGACGAGGACGUUUAUCAGCUGCCGCUGCUCUUAGACAUUCUUAUUUUUUGCUUGGUGGUGAUCAAGCAGCUGCAGUUCUCUCUAAACUGAGCUUCACCAGAUAAUAAUCUUGACAGAAGAGAUUGGUGAAACAAAUGAACCUGUAGUUUAUCACCGGAAGGAUCCGCAGUGCAGCGAGGCUCGUUCAUCAGCUCCCAAGCAAAAAUGGUUGGAUCAUCCUUGUAUGUGACAUUAGUAAUGGUAUUGACUCUAUUUAACACCGUCUGCAUGCCAUAUACAAAUAAGUAAUUAGGCAAACAUGUCGUACAAAGCCUGAAAGCAUCAAUAUGUGGUUAUUAGCCCCUCUGUUACCUAAGGCUAAGGUACAAAAAAGGGUACAAUAAUGAAUUUUGCUGUUAAUUUUGUUAAAUUAAUCCCAUAAGUAUACCAAUUCACCUUUUUUGGACCACAGCUUGUGGAAGGUUUAGUGAAACAGGUGACCAGUCCUGUUGUUCGUCACAACCCUAAUUGUCUGUCAUUACUUCUACAGCCAACUAUGAUAAAAACAUUCGGUGUGUCUAAGGGUGCGAAGCAGGGUGUGACGAAUCCGGUUGAUGGCGAUAUUGCUGGUGAGGCCUAAGAAGGUGGGUAUCAGGUGCCUAGGGUGGUGGGAGAGAUCUUUCUUGUAGCUUGUUAGUUAUCAAUUAUUCAUGUCAAUAACUGUGGGAGAUCAUAGGAUGUAAGAGUUCUCAAGAACUUGCCUUUAUAUGGUUUUUGUAGUAA